GAUGAAAUAAAUUAAAAUUUGAUUGAUUCAUAUAAGUAUAUAGGUAAAUGUAGAUAGAUGCAUAUGUGGUGUAGGUGUGCAGGACUGCCGGAAUUUAUUUAAAUUAGCAGACUGAUCUGGAUUUAUCUGUGAAUAUCACAUAAUACAUGUUGACUCUAUCAAAAGAGAGUUAUAAUUCAAAAGACUUAUUCCUGAUCAACAUCUAGAUUAUUGUUUAUCUUCUGUCUAUCAUUUUCAUUUAAUGAUAACAUAUCCCGUGGAGUCCUAGAAAAAAUAAAUCUGAAGAGCUGCUGAUGAGUGUCGUACGUAGAUAGAGAGUCGUCAUAGUCAUACCCAUUAAUGAUUGUUUUGAUUUUUCUAUUCUUUUAGCUUGAUCUAAAUUGAUACCAAAAGUGACAUUGAUCUUACAUCAUCACGUGCAUUUUCAUUCAUGUUCAUCAGAUUCAUUUCUUUCUUCGUUUCGUCAGAGUGUGUUAGCAGUUGUGCGCGUGUGUACACUUCUGUUAAUGAGAAAGAUUGACAAAAUCUGUCUGAAAGAAAGCAGAAAUUACAUUAACUACGCUAUUAACUAUAUUUAACGGGACCCCAUUUUCGGUACUUUUCAAGAACGGUUCACCAGAAAAUUUUGAAACGUUCAGGUCUGAUAGAUCUCGAUGAGUAGAGUAAAAGUUGUUAUAGAUUCAAAAUAUCCAAAUGUUUCCCUGGAGGAGAUAUUGGGAUUGCAAGGGCAAAAACGAUCCCUGUUAUCGCCCCGCUUUCUCGGCCACAGUACGUCCUACAGAGCUGAAAUUUUUUUUGACAGAUAAUAGAGACACUUUUAGGUACCUACUUUUUUUGGUUUCUUUCUAACUCGUUCUCUUCAUAUAAAAAACCCAAAGUAUUAAGAGCACCUUGAAAAACGCAUGUUUUUUAAUAGAGCUUUUUUCGUAAGGUCUGCAAAAUCUCAACAGCACACGAAUUUUUAAAACAAAAAAAAACUAGGCAUCCUAAAGUGUCUCUAGUAUCUGUGGAAAAAAUUUCAGCCUGAUUGGAUGUACUAUGCCCGAGAAACGGGAGUGAUUCUGAAGAUUUUUGCUGAAAGACCUAAUUUCUAGAUGACCACGAAAGAAAAAAGAAAUAUGUUAUACUACUACGCAAGGGCACUUGAAAGCAUAUGUGGAGCAGAAAAAUCAAAAAAUGGAAAAUUUUGGAAUUUUGCGUAUGAAAAGGCGGGGGUUGCGGGUGUGUGAAUGUAGGUUCGAUUGUUAUGUAUUAGAUGUAGCAGCCACACCCAAACCCACACACACCCUAUACUAUUAUCAUUACGAUUACGUUAUAAAUGGAGUAAGAUUAAUGGAACUUACGAGAGACCUAGGAGUGUAACUAUGAAUAGAGACGACAGGACACAAGGUUCUCUUGCUUCUAAAACGUUUACGUUUUUCAAUAGCAAAAUAGAAGAGAAGUACUUUCUCGGGAUGUGAAGCUACUGAAUCCAUAUGAGGAGAAACGUUCUCUCUCUUCCUACUUUCUAGAUCUUAGGAGAAUAGGUUUAUUUAUUUGGAAGAUCUGAUUAUGUAUUUAAAUAGAGUCACGUCAAGUGAUAAAAAAGGCCUUUAUUGUAAGACCUUUGCUAUUAGAUAGAGCUUAUCGAGACUAGACAAAGUAUAUAAUGGACCAUUUUCAUGGCAAUUUCUUCUCGAAGUAUGUCUAAUUUCAUUAAACUUUGAUCGAUAUCAAAAUGAGUCAUCAAAACUCGAAUUUGAAUUUGAAAUUUAGCCCACUUAAGUUUUGAUAUUGCUAAAGCCGGCCGAGAGUCUAAGUUAAAAUAAAUAUUUUAGCCUCGAUAUAUAAGUGUCUUUUCAAAUCAUAUGUGUUUUAGUUAGAACUCGGAAAUACUAUCUUUUCUCGAAUGUUAUAGAUCGAGGCUCAAGCAUACAUUUUGACAAAGACUCUGCGGAUUGUAGCAACAUUCACAACCUAGUCAGGAAAAUUGCGUAUUUUAAUUCCGAAAUUCAAGUUUUUGUGAUACAUUUUGGUAUCGAUUAAAAUUUAAAGAAAUUAUAUGCAUCUUGAGAAGAAAGUUCCUAGAAUAUGAUUCACUUUAGACUUUGUUUAAUCUCGAUAAAUUUUAUCUGAUAGCAAAAGUCUCACACUAAAAGCGUUUUAUUAUUUGGAAUGGUUUCCUACUGAUGUUAUCGAUUAAAAUCAGAAGUUUUCAAACAAUUUUAAUUUUGAUUUUGUUGCAGAAUAAUCGGAUCGAUAAUUUUGAUUAUGCCCAUAGGAUUUUGAAACUUCAAUCAUUGGGUGUGGGGGUGGGGGUGGAUCAUCUUUUCUUUCAUGCACCGACCCAGACCCACACAUACACCCUCGUUGUAAGAAAGAAGAAGCGACGUUAUUUUUUCAUUCCAUAUUGAUGUGCAUACAGUGAGUAUACGUAAUUUUUAUUUUAUCUUUCUCUCUCAAUAAAAAAAGUACUUUAUCAUAGUCGAAAUAUAAAUGAAAGUAAUUCGAUCGCAAAUAAAAAUUAUUUUUUUCGUGCGUUAACGAAAAAAAAAGACAACUAGUCCUUCUUGAAUGAAUCAUGAUUAUAUGUAAAAUUAGAUUGACUCUAAUGUCGUUGCCGUCGUUCUUUUUUUCUUUUUUUUUUAGUAUUCUCUUCAAGAAAAAUAAAUGAUAUUUGGAAAGAAAAAACGAUAAACUUGAAAACACGCAAGUAUUGAUUGCUUAUCCAUUUAAAAGUGAAAUUCGUAAUCGUAAUCAAUUAAUUUAUUUACCAGAAUUAGUUCAAAAUGAACAAAGUCUUCGUGUUGCUAUUCGUCAACAUCGUCCUCAUGUUAUUAUUGUUGGAAGUAAUUCUGUUGGAAGUGAAACACUUGAACUAUGGCGUUCAAUUAUGAGUUAUGAUAUUCAAUUAACAUUAAUUCGAAGAGGUUCAGCACUUUCUCGUAUUCAUGUUGAUCGUGCUCGACAACUAAAUAUAAAUGUAUUAAAUACAUUAAGUGUAAAUUCUCGAUUUGUUGCUGAAUAUAUAAUCGAACAUCUUCAUUUGCCAAAUGAUGGAACAUGUUCAACCAUUGGAAUUAUUGGAUCAGGUGCUAUUGGAAAGCGAAUUGCUUAUCGUUUAUAUAGAGCUAAACAUAAAGUUAUUGUUUAUAGUCCAUCAUUAACAAAUCCUGAUCAAACUAUUCAGUCAAAAAUUCGAAAACAUAAAGGUAAUGAUUUUCCUGAUAUCAAUAUUGCUAUGACACCUGAACAAGCUGUUAUCAAUGCUACACAUGUUAUACUUGCUAUUGAUGCUGAUAGAGUUACAAAUAUUGAAGAACAAUUAUCUAAAGAAUUUUUUCAAAUCAUACCAAAUGGAGCAAGACUUGUAUCUGUUACUGCAUUUUGUGUAUUUGCUCCAGGAGCUCUUGAUAGGCUUAUUGAACGUGUUCGACAAGGACAAAUUAGUGCUCGUUUAGAUUCACAUGCAUUUGAUUUAAGUACAAUUAAAGAUCUUCCAACACAAUUAGAGGCUGUAUCAGCUGCUCUGACUGUACCUGGAUGUGGUGAAGCUAUGGAUCAAGCUGCUCUUGUUGUUCUUGCCAAUAUUGUACUUGAACAAUCAUUUAAAUCAUCAUUACCAUUUUUAAUUGAUUCAUCUAGAAAAAAUGAAGAAAUUACUAUCAUCGGAGCAGGUAUUGUGGGUUUAGUAACUGCUUUCUUUCUUAGUGACAGCGGUUAUAGAGUCACUAUUAUUGAUGAACAUAACUAUCCUAAUCCAAAAGAUGAAUCUAAUCAAAAUGAAAUAUCUUGUCGUGGUACAACACUUGAUGGAUGUGAUGCGCGACAUGCAUCUAUAACAGAAACAAUGCCACAAGCAGUAUUUUAUAGAAUUGAUAGUUUAAGAAAAUAUCCAUUAGAUCAUGGAGGAUGGAAAAUAAUACCUGAUCAAUAUAAUAAUCAAGAACGAUUAUGGAUUGAUAGAUUUAGUGAACUUGCUGGUUAUCCAGAAUUAGUUGUGAAUUUAUUUCAUAAAUUUGUAUCAAAUAUAAAUAGACGUGGAAUUGCAUUAUGGGAAAAAAUAUUUGAAAUCUAUCCAAAAUUAGUUGAAGAUACAAUUAAAAAUCAUCGAACUUUUCGUGUAUGUUCAUCAUUAACUUCAUUAAAUGUUGUUUCAACAUUUCAAAAAAAAUAUCAUAAAAAUGAAGAUAAUCUUCAAAUGUUAUCACAUUCACAAAUUCUUGAAAAAAUACCUGGUCUUGUACUUCAAGAUGGUGAUGCUGGUGGAAUUGAAGUACCUGGUUUUACUAUUAGUCAUUUAAAACUUUGUCAAAAUAUGAUUGACUUUUUAGAAAAUAAUCCAAAUGUUAAAUUUAAAUGGUCAACUAAAGUUUGUUCAAUGGAUGAUAUAUCUUCUUCUAAAAUAAUUUUAGCUUCAAGUCUUAAUAAUUUGAAUUCUUCAUUGUUAGAUAAUGUAUUAUUAGCUGUUCAAGGUGUUUUCGGAUGUUGGACAAAGCUUUCGAAUAUUCAUUCAAUAAAAAAUGGAUUUAAAAUAACCGAAAAAGAACCAAUCGGUGUUAUAAAUGUGACACCAAGCUAUGAUGAACAACAUUUAUAUGUAACAGGUGCAUAUGCUUUUUGUGGCCAUCGUGGAAUUGUUCAAUCAACUUAUCUUACCCAAUUAAUUGAUUUAUUUUAUUCAACGAUACGAUGUUAUUUACCUGAUGAAAUCGAGGCAAGUGAACCAGAAAUUCUUCUACCAAGAUUUUGUAUUCGUCCAAUGACUCCAGAUGGAAUGCCAAUCAUUGCUCAAUUGACUGCUGAGAAUAAAAAGCAACAUAUUUAUUUUGUUGGUGGAACAAAUGCUGGAGGAUUUGUUCAAUCUCCAGUUUUAGCAACAAUUCUUUUGGAUUUAAUUCAAGAUUCAAUAAGUAAUACAAAUCUUUGUCAUGUUUAUAGAUCUUUACGUCUUGAUAGGAAUACAUUAUUAUUUAAUUAA